CAGCUCCACACCCACCGCCCUCUCACCUGCUCCUCUCACCUCCUCACCUCAACCCACCACGACCAUGAGCUGCUCUGGCUGUUCCGGAGGCUGUGGCUCCAGCUGUGGGGGCUGUGGCUCCAGCUGCUGUGUGCCCGUGUGCUGCUGUGUGCCAGCCUGCUCCUGCUCCAGGUGUGGCUCCAGCUGUGGGGGCUGCAAGGGGGGCUGCAAGGGCUCCUGUGGGGGCUGCAAGGGGGGCUGCAAGGGCUCCUGUGGGUCCUGUGGGUCCUGCGGGGGCUCCUGUGGGUCCUGUGGGGGCUGCAAGGGGGGCUGCAAGGGCUCCUGUGGGUCCUGUGGGGGCUGCAAGGGCUCCUGUGGAUCCUGUGGGUCCUGUGGGGGCUGCAAGGGCUCCUGUGGGUCCUGUGGGUCCUGUGGGGGUUGCAAGGGGGGAUGCAAGGGCUCCUGUGGGGGCUGCAAGGGGGGCUGUGGCUCUUGUGGCUGCUGUCAGUCCAGCUGCUGUAAGCCCUGCUGCUGUCAGUCCAGCUGCUGUCAUCCCUGCAGCUGUCAGUCCAGCUGCUGUAAGCCCUGCUGCUGUCAGUCCAGCUGCUGUCAUCCCUGCAGCUGUCAGUCCAGCUGCUGUAAGCCCUGCUGCUGUCAGUCCAGCUGCUGUAAGCCCUGCUGCUGUGAGUCCAGCUGCUGUAAGCCCUGCUGCUGUCAGUCCAGCUGCUGCCAGCCCUGCUGCUGUGAGUCCAGCUGCUGCCAACCCUGCUGCGUCCCCGUGUGCUGCCAGUGCAAGAUCUGAGCCUUGUUCAGCCCCGUCAGCUCUCAGGGGAUGUUUCCUGAGUGGUGAAUCCGGGCUGUAGCUGCCUCUCCUUAUCUAGGCAUCAUCCCUCCAUCUCUCCGUUCACCUGUGUAUCUGUCUCCAUCUUGUGCGCUAGUUUCUCUCUGUCCUGUUACUAAAUAAAUAAAUAAAUAAAUAAAUGUCCUAAGCUUUCACCAG